AUGGCUAUUCGCUUUCCUGCUAUUACACAUGCUAAGCAGCUUCUUGGUAGAUCAGCAAAUCAAUCUGCUUCUAAUUUUAAAGAUGUGCCAAAAGGCCACCUGGCAGUAUAUGUUGGAGAAGGCCAAAAGAAGAGAUUCAUAGUUCCGGUGGCGUUGUUGAAUAAGUCUUCAUUUCAAAAAUUGCUAAGGAAGGCUGAAGAAGAAUUUGGGUUCAAUCAUCCAAUGGGCGCUAUCACAAUUCCCUGCAGAGAAGACAUCUUUAUUGAUCUUACUUCAAAAUCGGCUAAUAUAAUGGCUGAAAAUCAUCUGGCAUACGUUGCCUUCAUUACAAAAUUGAAGCAUAUUCUUCAUCGAUCAAACUUGAUUCCAAAUCAAUCUGCUUCUAAUUCUACAGAUGUUCCAAAAGGCUACUUAGCAGUAUAUGUUGGAGAAGGACAAAAGAAGAGAUACAUAUAUAUUUCCAGUAUAAUUGUUAAAUAA